AACAACGAGCCGCUCCAGCGAACGGACGCAGUGCGCACGCCAAAUAACGUGUUUCGAGCUAACGAACUAUUCAAAUUCGACCAAUGACUAUUUAUAGACUGCGUUUUGUUUACGUGUCGUGACGCGUGUGUGUGGCAACAACAAAACUAAAUAACAGCAACAGCAGCAGCAACAACAACAGCGAAAUCAGUGAUAAACGACAAAAUAAAGAAAAGAGAACAAAUUGGGCAAAGAUGUCUCCAGCAAUAACAACAACAACAGCAACAACACCAAUGGAUUAUUCGCUGACGGAGACAACAACGGCUGCCCCUUUAGCAACUGGCAGCGGGUCGGAGUUGUAUGCGGAAUUCAUUUCGGCACCGGCAAGCAGCAUGAGUCCCGCUGCCAUUGCGGAGCACAUGCAACAGAAUCAAAUCACAUUCGAGAUACCCACGGCGCACGAUCUGCGCCACAUCGAUGCACUGCACUCGUUCAACACGCUGCUGCAACGCAUCGGCUACGAUUCCCUGCCACCGGCCGGCAGCAUCAGCACCGAACAGCUCUCCAAUUCGGUGGUGCUCGAUCUGGCCGAUCUGCGGGAGCACACCGAUGCCGAGGAUGCCAUCGACUCCUCCUGGUCGUGGUGGGAACAGAUCUUUGGCGAUGCUGACAUGCAUGCGAUUGUCAACUAUUUGUGGAUCGGUGUCGUCACCUCGCUGGUGGUGCUCUCCCUCAUCUUUAUAGUCUUCAGCUGCUAUUUCUAUCGCAAGUUUCGCACAUGGAAAAAGUGCAACAAGGAUAUACGCGCUCAGAUCCAUGCGGCCAAUGACUCGUACUCCUCGCAUGGGGCCAGUCAUCACCUGAUCAGCUGCGAUGCCAGCCGAUUGCUGCAGCAGCUGCCUGCCAGUGGCAGCAAUAAUGCUGCAACAGCAGCAGCGGCAGCAGCCGGGGGCAAUGAGGCAGGCUUCUAUCAAAUUGAAUCGCCGCCCUGUUACACAAUUGCCACCGGGCUGCCCAGCUACGAUGAGGCGUUGCAUCAUCAGCCGCGUCACUUUGCCUGCGGCAUGAAGUUUGUGUAUCCCAGCCUGGCGGCGGUGCAUCAUCAUCAUCAUCAUCACAGCAAUCAGCGUGCGUGCAUCACAAACUGGGAGAAGGACGCAGUGCAGCAACAACAACAACAGCAACGGCAACGGCAGCAGCAACGUUCAAAUAAGCUGCAAAAGUGCAAACUGUCAGCAACAGAAGAGCAGACGAGGGCGCAGUUGCAGUUGGAGGACAAAGCCUUGCCAGCCAUUUGCAUUAACAUGCCGGCUGAGCAGGAGAUGCAGAAUGAGAGGCAGCCUCGAAAUGUGGCAUCCACUGUCGCGACGACAGAUGCGACACAAACUUUGCUGCCAGCUGCGGCAGCUGACGACGAUUGCGCCUCAUUGGUUGUUGUUGUUGCCGCGUGAUUGCCCAGCAACUAAAUUGGGUGUGGGUGUGUUGCAGGGGCAUGGGUAUAGGCUAUAAGUGGAAGGGGGAUGGGGAUGGGGAUGGGAAAGGGGAGGGGUAGAGAUCAUAGUCACUUGCUUAGUCACUUGUAAAUAGCCGCAUCCAUCCAGCUGCCCAGCUAUUUGGGUCUAUCUGUGUAGAGUCCUAUAGAGCAACAACAGAUCCUAUUUAGAUGCUCCCUUGUAAAUGAUUUGAUUUCGUUUUAGUUAUUUGUUAUAUAUAUAUAUCAUGUAUUAUGCAAGACUGAGUAUUAUUUAUUGUAUCUAUAAAGUAAUUUAAACGAAUUGCCUAUCGAUUAAGCCUAAAUGUUACAAAAAAUUAAAUAACGAAAAAAAAAUAUUAAAAUCCACGCUUGAAAAACCAUUCAAGCAAUCAUCAU